UAAGGCAAAAAAUUAAUCGCUCCGAUAUUUUUAGGCAAUUUUUCAUCAAAUCUACCCCCGAAAAUACUAUUUUUGCACAUCAAAUAAUUCUGUGAGGUCAAUAAUGUCUGACGUGCAAGAAAAGAACGAGAAAAACAAACGAACCGAUGGAAAAUUGGCAGCUAUUAUCGAAUCCCUGCUCGAUUCAUUCAAAAACGACAAAGAUGAGGGUGUCAGAUCGACUGUUGAGAGUUCAUUGAUACGAAUAGCAGAUAAGAGACCCAAUGAACUGCUUUCCAUUCUGUGUGACUUCAAAGCAAACAACGGCCCAAAGAUAGAUGUUACUAUCAACGCAUGUGUUUUACGCGUAAUUCAGUUCAUCGUCGAUUCGCAUAUUUUUGACUUGGAGUUGAGUGUUCUUGAACAGUGCAUUGCUCUCACAAUUGCUGAUCUUACGAAAUAUGAAACUCUGAACGAAGCCAUUCAAUGUACAUCACAAGAUAUUUUAGUUGGCAUCGGAAAAGUGCAUUGCGAGCAAAUCAUGAAGGCACUUCAAGCUCAAUUUACAGCAAAUGCGGCGCCGCAUUACAUGAUUUUGAAUACGAUUGGAACUCUUGCGACGAAAAACAUUCGAGGAAUUAUUCUUUUUGUGAAACCCUGUAUUGAUGCUUUGCUUCCAACGUUGAGUACUGUGAGACAGGAUCACGCGAAACAAGCUCAUGCUUAUAUUGUAGGACAAUUUUGCGAAGCAGUUGACGAAUAUCAAGCGAAUUUAGAUGAAAAAGAGAGUGAGGAUAGCAGUAAAUACGAUAUUUCCGCUGAAGUUGGCGUUGUUUACGACGUUUUCAUACAAAAUUGGCUUCCAGCGAGAAAUCCAAAAGUAUCGGCGGAUAUUUUAACUGCUCUGGCAAACAUGUUUCCUCUUCUUCAACAUGAUCGUGUACAAGAACAAUCCGUCAAAGUCAUUGGAUUCAUCUUAAACUUGUAUCGCCGAAGUAUUGAUCGUCUCUCAAUAACGCAAUUUCUCUCAUCUGUCAUCAAAACUUGCAUGACACAAGAUCGUCAACUUUUAGAACCCGUUUCUAACAGCUUGAUUGCAAGUUUAUUCGAUCUUGUGUGUGUUCAACCCGAUUUCGAACGCCCCAGCAUCAUGAAAGGACAUUACGAAGUACUUCGUUGUUUCGAUCUCUUGUCAGAUGUUUAUGGCAAAGACAUUGGAAACACUCUGCUGAUACAAUUACGGAACAAUAACGAAAGUGAACGCAUCAAAUCAGUCCUUGUCGUCACACAUUUGUGUCGUACCGCGGAGAAAAUCAUCACAAAUAAGGCAGGAGAGUUCUUGGAAAUCCUGAAACAAAUGAUAACUUUUGAAAAAUCGUUGAAAAUGAAAAUGGUACUGUUGAAAGUAAUAGUUGCCUUUACGGAGAAACGUUUAAUACAAGAUGUCGAGUUCAUUCGUUUCAUCUUGAAACAUUGUUGUAUUCAAGCGAAGAUCAAUUUGGAGCAUGGUUCGCACGAUGAAUAUUUGGAUUUUGUCAAGGCAUGCAAUAAUUCGCUUCAUAUUUUGUGCAGUACGAUAGGAACGAUCGAUCAGAUGCUGAAGGAGGAGCUUUUGCAAGUUUAUCUUCAAAUCGAGUACACAGAUGUUUGUUCGAUGAUCGCCAAAUGUCUCACGAAUUUAUUCCAUAAAUGCGCCGACAUCAAAAUGGAAGAAAGCUCCGACACAGAAAGUGAGGAAGUUGUCUUUGUAUCAACUGUGCCAAGUCCAGAAUCGGUUUUUGUUCGAAGUUUGGCUUUGUUGGGAGAUUUUUCGAACGUACAACGAAUUCAAAACAUUUUGGCGUUCCUGAAAAAUUAUUGCAUCAACUUGAAUAAGUGCCUUGUGCCUCUGUGGAAUGAAAAAAUACCCGAAAUUUUGGUAACACUUUCAACAAAGGAUGAAAACCUCUUCUAUGGAUAUUUAUUCCAAUUCAUCAUCUUGACUAUAAAAGACAUCGACGAACCCAAAUUUGCUGAACUUUUAGUGAAUAAGAUGUCGGAUCAGUUAAUUCUUUACAUGCCAAUCAACCAAAUGAAUUACGACGUGAAAAUUUCAAAUCUCAAAAAGGAACGAGAUUUAUUGCUUCGUAUCAUUGGUUUGUGUCUGUGUCACGUCACAGAUGCUCCCACAGUUGAAACGAAGCUUGAAUUGAUCAUCGGUACAAUUCGCAUUGAACAACUCGAUAAAACUGAAGCAAAUGCUGAAUACGAAUCUCGUUUCACAAGUGCUGCAAAAGCAAUUGGCUUAAUAUCUAAAGCGCAUUUCGACAUCGUUCUCCGAAAAUUUGAGGCAAUCAUAACGAGUGAUAUUGUGAAAAAAUCUUCAAGCAUCUUCUCGGGACUGAAUUUCAUGAAAGACAGUUCAAAAGAGGUUGAAAUCUAUAAAUUACGGAUUUUGGUAAUUGAAGCAUGGGGAUUUGUUGUCGAAAAUGCCCCGCAAAUUGCUGUAUUGAAAUGUAGCGAUUCGAAAAUUUAUGAAUAUCUCUGUCGACAUUUGGCAACGAGUAAAGACAUUUUCUUGAAACGGAUGAUUUUGAGUACGCUACUGAACAUUAUUAAGUUACAUUUGACGUCGCAAGAUGAACAUCAGUUCAAACACAAACAUGAUUUGUUGGAUUUAAUUUUAAAAGUUCCUGAUAGUCAAACGAAUUUCGAUUAUUUGCCGCUUUUUCCGUUGGUACUUAAACUCGCUACAGAAUUAAUUCAAGUGCAGCUCGAUACGGAAGACGAAAACGAAGAACGAGUCGAUCGCGUUGGAGAUCUCUUGCAAAUCGUUUGUCUCAACUUUUUCAUGGCAGCUCAAACGUUAAAGGGCAAAUUCGAUUCUCAAGAGGAAGACGAGCAAAAUAGCUUCGUUGCGAAAUAUUUGAAUUUAUCGCUGCCGGAGUUGAAUAAUUUAUUGCGAGUAACGUUAGAAUUGAAUCCGAGUCCUGCUCGUCUCGAUGAUAUUCAAACUGUUCUCGAUCCUUACGUACGAGACAAAAACAGUGAAACACGAAUUUGCGCGUGUCACGUCACAAACGCCGUUCUCGAUGUUUACAUGAAAACUGUAAAAAUGGGCUGUGAAGCACCUUCGAAGUUCAAUCAAACGGGCGCUAUGUUGGGAAGAAUUGUACCCCGAUGUAUCGACUCGAAUGCAACUGUUCGUCAAGUUGGUGUCGAGAUUUUAAAGAGAAUUUUGGAAAUUGCUUGCAUGUACGAAACUUUAACGAUUCCCGAUAAACAAGACACUUGGAUACAGGAAUUGGAUCAAAUGAAAGAUGACAUCAUAACUGACGAUCCGAAGGAAAUUUAUCGCAUUGCGGGAGAUUUGGCAGCAAUAAUUAGUACAAGACUCACAAAUUUACAAUUUGUUCAAUUCAGUAAGACUCUGAUGUACUGUAUAAAAGAUCCGGAAGCAAGUUCAGGCAUUGGAGCAUCGAUUGUUCUCAAAUUUUUCAUUCAACUAAAGGGUUCAGAGAUGUUUCAUGCGAUUCCAGAUUUAAUUAAAGAGGCAUUAUUCGUGAUUCGUUAUUGCGAUAAUGCUCGUGCGAAAAACGGCGUGAUAAAAUCUUUGGUUGCUCUGACGAAACAUCAUCCAAAAUUGGUUUGUAAUGAAAUUCUCGCCCAACCAUUGCCGUAUGAAGAGAAUGUCAUCGAAUAUUGGAAAGUUUUGUCGAUUGAUACGGAGCUCACAGGGAUAGUAAUUGAUAAUUUCGUGUCUAUUUUGACUUCGACAUGCCUUUUUGAGCCAAAUGAUGCUGCUUCGAGAGAUGAAAAACAAAGAAAAGCUGUUACUGUUCAACCUUUCGCCAUAAUUUGUGCUUUUCAAGAACUUUUCAAGGCGGAACAGCUUCGAACUGAACUAAAAGUUCGUUUUGCUGACUUGUUCGCUGCAAUGUUAACGACUCUCGCAACCUAUACGAAUUUAGAUCCGCCAAUUAACAUCGCAAAACCUCAAACUGAUGCCAAAACGAGCUCUAAAAGCAAAAAUAAAUACGGUUACGUGCCGAAUCGGGAUCUUGCCAAGAUGGUGCCUUGUCAAAUUGCUUUAGAUACGUUCAAAAUACUUCUCGAUAAUUUGGAAAUGGAACAAGUUUCGAAUGUUUUGAUGGUUUGUACAACACUCGCAAACAGUCAAGAUCUCAAACAGUUUAUUGAAAUUUUGACUCCGUUGGCAGUUGGGCUCGUGAAUCAACUUGAUGUCAAUUCAGCAGAGAUGAAGCAACUUGUUACUGUGUUGAGUAAAUACGUUCCAAGCCCGUAUGAUGGUCAAAGAAUUGCUGCUGUAGGAUUGUACUCGCAAUUAGUGUCGUUGAAACCAUGCGGCGAUAUUUCUUCAGUGAUAAUUUUACAUUUAAGCAGCUCGUUGAACGAUCCAAAUGCACUUGUACGAGGAUUAUGUAUUCUUGGGUUAGGUCACGUUGGAAGUUUAACACAACAUGACGUUGAAAAGUACUCGGAAACGAGUCUCACGGCGCUGUUGAAGGGCAUUGAUGACUUUAAUAGCGACUGUUUGAUCAACAUUCCAUUGGAAAGUAUGCGAGGAUUGUCCAAAAUACUUCAAACGUUACCUGCGAAUAAAUUGGAAAACUUUCAGGUUUCUCUCGCUAUUCGCAUCAAACCGUUCUUUGAAAAUCAAGCAAAUGACGUUCGAGAAGCUGCUAUUUUAUUAUUUGGCGAUUUGUGUCUUCGAACCAGCUACUAUUCAGAUCAUCAAAGCAUUUCAGAGUCCUUAAAGGAACAACUUUUGGCUAAUUUGUUUCCUUUUAUAUUGCAUCUGAGCGAAACUGAGUCACUUAUCGUUCGGGCAUGCAAAAUUACUAUCAACCACAUGUUUCGACUAAUGAACGCACCAAAGCUCACAGAGAUGAUAGAAAAAUGCGUUAACGAGUACAAUAAUCUCAACUUUGAUACCUUCAUACACGAUUUCAUCAAACUUGUGGGAGAAGAACUUCACGAAUCAAUCCCAAAUUUCAUCGACGCAUGUUUACCUUUCCUAAAAAGUUAUUGGCCCGAAAUUCGUGGAAACGCUGCAAUCAUCAUCGGAAACUUGCAUCAUUUCAACACGAAUGGAAGUGCAAACAAAAAUCAAAAUGCCGAAAAUUUAUCGCAUAAAAUCAGUCUCCUGUUAAAAGAUUCGAACAUCAAAGUGAGAAUUAAAGCAUCCGAAGCAAUUGGUUACAUUUACGGAGACAUUUGAGAAAAAUUGAUCGUUCGUACCGACAAUGGAAGUCGCUCGAUGCGAAUUAUUGUGAUCGACUAUAACUGAGUUUUAUUUAAAAAAAAUUUUCUUGUUGAAUUAUCUACUUACUUAAUCUAUUGUUCUAUAUAUUCUUACCUACAUGAAAUAAAGUCAAAAAUUAUAUAUUGCUUAAAAAAGCUCAAAUUUUAA